GCAGCAUAUAACCCCAACUUUUUCGCAGGGUGCACGAACUGUUAGACCACGUACGCCUCCUCCCAUUUACGCGUCAGCAAGGAUCAUCGCAAUGAUGCCGUCGCUCAACGGCGCCCUGCUAGAUACACAUGCACCUGGCCAUAAUGCAGGCACGUCCAUUACCCGCGACGGCUUCAAGAUUACGACGCGGAAGCUGCCGAUACUGAAGGCUGGGCCAAUUGAGGACAUGAAUAAGAAGCUAGGGAUUGCGCCGCCAGAGAUGAUAUUUGGCGACAACCUUGCGCGGGUAGAACACACGGCCACCGGUUGGCGCAUCGAGUUCAAUGCUUUUGAUGCCUUAGACAGAGUAGAUAAAACUGGAGACUCGAUGCUCAAAGUGUCGUACUCCAAAGAGUGGCAGCAGAACCGCCAAAAGCAGUUUGAAGACAUCAAAGAAGUCAUCAAGCCCUUCGACUGGUCCUACAGUACCGACUACAAGGGUUCGACGCCAAACCACCCAGCUUUUCAGCCCACUGACACGCCGAUACCACUCGCGUUGCUCAAACUUCCGGAUCCGAUCUUGUUCUUCGACGACGUCAUGCUAUAUGAAGAUGAGCUUGCGGACAACGGUAUUGCGAUGCUGUCGUGCAAGAUUCGGGUCAUGCCUGCGCGGCUGUUGCUCUUGUCAAGAUUUUUCAUGAGGCUGGACGAUGUGGUGUUUCGGAUACGAGAUACCCGGGUGUUUGUCGAGUUUGCCACUGGUGAGGUGAUACGAGAGUAUACGGCUAGGGAAGAGAAGUAUGAAGUCGUGAGGAAGGUUCUAGCGGGGACUAAAGAGGAUGUUCUUGCCAUAAUGAGAGAUCCAAAUCGCUUGGCGGAAUAUAUCCCCGUAGUGGACAAGAGCCUGGAAAAUGUGGUUCUGAAAUGAUCAUGGCAUGAUGAAUCAUCCACAGCUGGGUCAAUCGUUCAUUGUAGAACGAUGGCAGCAGAAGAGGUUGCUCCUUCCGUCUGGCACAGGCGUUGAUCUCUUCGACGCUAUCUCACGUCGUGACAGGACCACGUCCCAAACAUGAAAGUUCAAUCAAUCGCGGUGUAGAUGUUCACUUCUGGACAAACCAUAUCGCACACCUGUACAGUGUGCCGUUAGGAUAAACAUAAAGGAGAAGCUGCAGAUCGCUCUAUUUGAGACCUUUUAGGAAGAAUGCCAAAGGGACCGGCGAAGGAUUGGGAGAGAAUGGAAUUUUAUGAUAUUUCAAAGGGAAACCGAUAUGGAGUGCUUUGGAGUGCUUGAGAGUGGACGAGAAUCAGAGGGCAUCCCCAAAGAGGAUCCAGCCCUUGAAAAUCG